CUAUUCUAUUCCAUUCGCUUCUUUCCCGAAUUUGCUUUUUCUGAAUUUUCUUUCUUUAUAACUUCUUAUAUCUCAGCUCUUCUGAGGGCUGAGAAUUUCUGAUUUUCUCUGAAAAUUGAUUUUCCUUGCUGUAAUUCCUUCCUAGGGUGGAUUACUGUUUUCCGUGGUAAUAUAUAUAUUUUUUAAUAAAUUAGUAGGGAUUUCACGGUGAUUUGUGAAACCGUUAAGCAAUGCUCUCGUUGCAGAGCGAUCCUCGGCAGUACAACGUGAAUAUGCAGCAGGCGGCUAGGGUUCAGUACAAUUUCAUUGGCGGUGAUCAGCAUCGGGACGAUUCAUCUUUUGCCUUGGCCUCCGGGAACAUCAAGCCCGAUCUAUCUCGCGAAGUUGAUGAAGACACGCUCUUGACCCUUGCUCAUCAGAGUUACAAAGCUGGAAACUAUAAGCAGGCAUUAGAGCAUAGCAAGGCUGUUUUUGAGAGAAAUCCACGACGCACUGAUAAUCUUCUUCUGUUGGGUGCAGUUUAUUAUCAGUUGCAUGACUUUGAUAUGUGUAUCGCAAAGAAUGAAGAAGCUCUCAGAGUUGAUCCGCACUUCGCAGAGUGCUAUGGCAAUAUGGCAAAUGCUUGGAAGGAGAAAGGCAAUAUCGAUGUCGCAAUUCGCUAUUACAUGAUUGCUAUUGAGGUAAAAGAAAAUGUUGAGGUUUUCUGCUAUGCUUUAAGUCCAAAUGAUGGUACUGAAUGGAGGCUGAGAAUCCAGUCAGAAGCAGAGCAUUUUAUAGACGUGUCAUCUAUGUCAUCUGAUAUGAUUGCAAGGAUGAUUAAUGAAGAUCAGAUACAGAUUCUCAUUAACCUUAAUGGCUACACUAAGGGUGCACGCAAUGAAUUAUUUGCCAUGCAACCUGCUCCUAUCCAGGUUUCAUACAUGGGGUUCCCUGGAACCACGGGGGCAACCUACAUACAUUAUUUGGUUACGGAUGAGUUUGUUUCACCUAUGCGCUACUCACAUAUAUACUCUGAGAAGCUUGUUCAUCUUCCCCACUGUUACUUUGUUAAUGAUUAUAAACAGAAAAAUCGGGAUGUUCUGGAUCCGAAUUGCCAGCCCAAGCGAUCACACUAUGGACUACCGGAGGACAAAUUUAUAUUUGCUUGUUUCAAUCAGCUUUACAAGAUGGACCCUGAAAUUUUUACCACCUGGUGUAAUAUUCUUAAACGAGUGCCAAAUAGUGCGCUUUGGCUUCUUAGGUUUCCAGCUGCAGGAGAGAUGAGGCUUCGUGCGCAUGCUGCUGCACAGGGUGUGCGACCAGACCAAAUAAUUUUUACAGACGUUGCAAUGAAACAGGAACAUAUUAGACGCAGUGCAUUAGCCGACCUAUUUCUUGAUACGCCACUGUGCAAUGCACAUACCACAGGAACGGAUGUUCUUUGGGCCGGUCUGCCAAUGAUAACUCUUCCCCUUGAGAAAAUGGCAACAAGGGUUGCUGGUUCACUGUGUUUGGCCACAGGACUUGGGGAGGAGAUGAUUGUGAAUAGUAUGAGAGAGUACGAGGAGAAGGCUGUAUUGUUGGCAUCAAAUCGCAUGAAGCUCCAGGAUCUUACUAACAAACUCAAGGCUGCACGUUAUACUUGCCCUUUGUUCGACACAUCACGCUGGGUGAGGAAUUUGGAACGCGCAUACUUUAAGAUGUGGAGUCUGUACAGCUCCGGUCAACAUCCUGAGCCCUUUAAAGUGACUGAGAAUAACUCGGAAUUUCCAUAUGAUCGGUAGACCCUGAGAAAGAUAAUGGGAAUCCUUAAUAAAGGAAUUUGGUGUACUAAAUGUAGUGUCACGCAACAUGGAACUAACAAAUUCAUGAACUCUAUCUCUGUCCAGAAGAAUAGAGAAAUUGAUGAUGCUAUCCUAUUAUUCCGGGCUUUGCUAUGUGCUUUGAUCUCAAUCUAACAAUUUCUUCAGCGUGGUGUUGCUUUUAUUCAUUUAAGAUGAUUAAAGGGUAGCUGGUUUUGUUCUAUGUUGAUAUUUAAAGCCAGUUUGACCUAUCCUUUUCACGUACUUCCUUGUAAGCUUUUGGAUACGAGGGGCUUGAUUCGUUUAAUCUCAGGAAAUCUAAAUUUCGUGUA